AAGAGGAGAAUUUUGAAAAGAGAAAUGGCAGUAACACAUUCUCUCUCACACACACACGAGAACUGAGAAGUGCGUUAGAGAAUGCAAUGGUAGAAUCACUCGUGUUUUGAAGAAGGGGUGGGUGUGUUCGGUUGCGUUUGGGUGGUGAACAUGUCGCAGUUCUGGAAGCCGGGUACAGAGAGGCCUCAGGGUCGCGUGGUGGACGAUGAAGAAGGUGGCGUUCUCUUCUUGUCCGGUUCUCACCAUUCCUCUUCUUCUUCCUCCUCUCGAUACGGCUACGCCAGCAUCGACAAGCAACGCCAGCGGUUACCUGUGUACAAGUACCGCACCGCCAUUCUCUACCUCGUCGAGACUCACGCCACCACAAUCGUCGUCGGCGAGACCGGCAGCGGCAAGACCACUCAAAUCCCUCAGUACCUGAAAGAAGCAGGUUGGGCCGCUGGUGGCAGACUCAUUGCUUGUACUCAACCUCGACGACUAGCCGUUCAGGCUGUUGCUUCUAGAGUUGCCGAAGAGAUGGGAGUAAAACUCGGUGAUGAAGUUGGCUACACAAUUAGGUUUGAAGAUGUUACCAAACCGGAUGUAACGGUGCUUAAAUUUUUAACUGACGGAGUGCUGUUAAGGGAGAUGAUGGACGAUCCUCUUUUGACCAAAUAUAGUGUUAUAAUGGUGGAUGAGGCUCAUGAAAGGUCGAUAUCUACUGACAUUUUGCUUGGACUAUUGAAAAAGAUUCAACGGCGUCGACCAGAGUUGCGGUUGAUUAUCUCAUCUGCUACUAUUGAAGCAAAGUCGAUGUCUGACUUCUUCCGGAUGAGAAAAAAGCAACGUGAACCUGGAAAUGAGGAGCAUGGACUACAAGUGGAGCCUGCAAUUUUAUCAGUUGAGGGCAGAGGCUUCAAUGUACAAAUUAAUUAUGCUGAGGAACCUGUCCAAGACUAUGUUCAGGCUGCUGUUUCAACAGUACUCUUGAUCCAUGAGCGGGAGCCUGCAGGAGAUGUUCUAGUGUUCCUUACUGGCCAAGAUGAUAUUGAUGCUGCUGCUCAAUUACUUGCUGAUGAAGUUCAAACUAAUGGAAAACACUCUUCAGGAUUGGUUGUUUUGCCUCUGUAUUCAGGACUUCCACGUGCUGAACAGGAGUUAGUGUUUUCUCCAGCUCCUCGAGGAAAAAGGAAAGUAAUAAUUUCUACUAAUAUAGCAGAAACAUCACUCACGUUGGAGGGUAUUGUCUAUGUUAUUGACAGUGGAUUCUCUAAACAGCGGUUCUACAAUCCGAUUUCUGAUAUAGAAAAUCUGGUUGUGGCACCGAUAUCUAGGGCUUCUGCUAGACAAAGAGCUGGUAGGGCUGGACGAGUUCGACCAGGAAAGUGUUACAGGCUAUAUACAGAAGAAUAUUUUCUUAACCACAUGUCUAAUGAAGGAAUUCCGGAGAUACAGAGAUCAAAUAUGGUCUCCUGUGUAAUCCAGUUAAAGGCAUUGGGGAUCGAUAAUAUUUUGGGCUUUGACUGGCCAGCAUCUCCAUCUGCUGAAGCAAUGAUCCGAGCUCUAGAAGUUCUCUACUCACUUGGUGUCUUGGAUGAUGAUGCUAAGCUGACUUCACCAACUGGAUUUCAAGUUGCAGAGAUUCCACUUGAUCCGAUGGUCUCAAAAAUGAUAAUAGCUUCCAGUCAACUUGGGUGUUCAGAGGAGAUAAUCACUGUCGCUGCUGUUCUUUCUGUCCAAACUAUCUGGAUCUCAGGGAGAGGGAUACAAAAGGAAUCAGAUGAAGCAAAAUUGAGAUUUGCUGCUGCCGAGGGUGACCAUAUAACAUUCCUUAAUGUAUAUAAGGGGUUUCAUCAGUCUGGUAAAUCUUCUCAGUGGUGUCACAAGAACUAUGUAAACUACCAUGCCAUGAGAAAGGUUGUUGAAGUUAGAGAACAACUCAAAAGAAUUGCAAAGAGGAUAGGCUUAGUCUUAAAAUCAUGCGAAAGUGAUGUGCAGGUGAUUAGAAAAGCAGUAACUGCUGGCUUUUUUGCUAACGCUUGUCAUCUAGAGGCAUACAGUCAUAACGGGAAGUACAAGACGUUAAGAGGAUCACAGGAAGUUUAUAUUCAUCCAUCAUCUGUGCUAUUCAGAGUAAAUCCAAAGUGGGUUAUUUACAAUUCUCUUGUAUCAACUGAUCGACAAUACAUGCGUAAUGUCAUAACGAUAGAUCCUUCCUGGUUAUUGGAGGCUGCUCCUCACUUCUACCAGCUACAGCAAUCUAAUGCUCUUCUUCGCUGAUUUGCCUUGGGCUUAUUGUGUUUGAGGCGAAGGAGAGAAAUUGUUAAUAUAUUUAAGUUACAUAAGUAUAGCAGAUUAACCAGUGGUGUUAGGACUCAUUACACGGAUGUAAAUUGGAUACUUUCUCGAGGUUAUUGAAAGUUUUCUUCCUCUGUACUCCUCACGGCAAAUUGAUAGAUGCAGGUCUCAAUGCUUUAUAUCUACCUGUGGACAAUUAUUGUUUAAGAGUAAGGAAUGAAAAGAUUUUUUUUUUAAUUAAGAA